AUGGAGACAGAGAUGGAAGAGAGCCGAGGCCUCCAUGACAAUGAGACAAAUGAUACAGAGAGAUAUGAGAAUGAGACAGAGACGAGGCUUCCAUGUGAUGAAGAAGCAAGAGUUGAGAGAAAUGUGAGGGAUUUUAUAGAUGAAGAGGUUGAUUUGUUUGCUACACCAGUCGGCUCAGAUGAUGAUCAAGAUGCUAAUGAGGGAGAUGGCUAUCUCACCUACAAGAAAGGUAGUGGUGAGUUUCAGUUAAAACAAGCCUUUGAUAGUCUAGAGGCUUUUAAACAGGCGAUGGUAGAUUAUGUGUUAAAAAAUGGUUGGAAUGUGAAGUAUGUUCGUUGGGAUAAAGACAAAUCUGAAGCGAGAUGUGCUUGAAGCAGAAAAGGAGAGGAAGAUUGUAUGUGGAGGAUAUACUGCUCCUAUGAAGAACCAUUACAAAAAUGGAUGGUUAAAGUCUACGUUAAGGAUCAUAGUUGCAGUAAGAGUGGGUACUCUAAGCUGAUUACACAAGAGGUCAUUGCAAAGUUGUUUGUAAACGAUCUUAGAAACAAUCCCAACAUAAGGCCAAAGGACAUUAUGGAAGAAAUUCAGAAGCGUUGGGAAUUGACUGCAACCAUAGAUCAGUGUAGACAUGCAAAGAAAAAGGCUUUAGAGAUGAUCAAAGAGGAGCAUGAUCUACAAUUCUCAAGGCUUAGAGAUUACCGGCUGGAGUUGUUAGAGUCCAAUGAAGACUCAACAGUAGAGCUCGAGACACUCCAUGGAGAUGACGGUGAAGAUAUUUUCUACAUAUUUUACGUCUGCUUUGCUGCAUUGAAGAAGACUUGGUCUGCUCAUGCCGACCGAUCUUUGGUCUUGACGCAUGCUUCCUCAAGUGCACAACAAAGGAACGAUUUAAACCUUUGCAAUGGUGAAGGCUUUACAAUCAUAUCAGAUCGACAGAAGGGAUUACUUAAGGCGGUAUCAAAUCUCUUGCCAAUGGUUGAGCACAGGAUGUGUGCAAGACACAUAUACGCUAACUUGAAGAAGAAACAUCCACAUAGAGCAGACAUGAAAGGCUUAUUUUGGAAGGUUGCCAAGAGCUACAAUACGGCGCAGUACAACAGGAGAGUGGAUGCAGUGAAAGCAUAUGACAUGAGCGUAUAUGAUUCGAUGAUGGAGAAGAAUCCCAAAAACUGCAGCCUCGCCUACUUUACUCCUUCCUCGACUUGUGAUGACGUGAGCAACAACAUAUCAGAGUCUUUUAACCAUGCGAUUGAUCCAGCUAGAGCAAUGCCACUGGUGGAAAUGCUGGAAACAAUACGCAGAAAAGCUAUGUUACGCAUUGCGGCAAGGAAGCUGAUAUCAAUGAAUCACAGAGGGAAGUUCAGUAUUAAGGCAAUGGAAAAAGUCAGUAAGGAGCAAAAGAAAAUCCGUGGCUGCACUAUAUAUCCUUGCGGUUUUGAUGUGUUUGAGGUGCAGGAGAAAAACACUGCAUACAAAACGAAGAUGGUUGACCAAACUUGCACUUGUCGAAAGUGGGAGAUGUCGGGAUUGCCUUGCCGUCAUGCUCUGAAGAUUAUUUCUGUAAAGAAACGCAAGCAAGAGGAUUAUAUGGCAGAUUGUUACCUCACCUCGACAUGGAGAAAGCAGUAUGAAACACCCAUUAAAGCUGUCCGUGGGAUAACCUUUUGGGAAAAAUCAGUAGAUGCAGAGAUUGUUCCACCACCAGGAAAACCAGAGCAAUCAAGAGGAAGAAAGAAAAUUCCUAAGCGCAUAAAAGGGAGGAACGAGUCUCCAAGUAAGAAAAAGACCAAGGCUAGGAAUGAGUCACCUACAAAGGUUUCAAGGGAGAGAAGGAACAUUCAUUGUGGCCGAUGUGGAGAAGUAGGACAUAACGUAAGGAAGUGCAAACAAGUUGGAGUUCCGGUUCAAAGACCACCAAAGAAGAAGAAUGUCACACAAGAUGAAGGACCUAGUCAAGUGAUCGACUGA